UAAAGCGCGAAGCAGGCGAUUGCGCCCGCCCUUCAUCUCUUCGGCUGUGUCGCUCCAAGCGAGCGAACCUGCAUCGAUACAAUCGAACACCAGAACGGAUCAUCGCCCCCUCUUUAUCCCCUCCUUCCAUCCUCAUUUCCUCCCUCAAAUCGAACACCUCUGCCCCUCCGAUCGUUCAGCCUCUCUCUCGCGCUUCACGCCGAUGGAGAUGAGCGCGGUCUCGAGUUCCCUGGCUCCGGUGCGAAGUCCCCGACCGCGGCUCUUGUCGGGUUGCCCGCUUAAGCCAUCAGUCCAAUGCCUGGGGAGCGUACGCCGUACAAACUUGUUGUUUGCUAAAAAUCAAACUGGAAUGCUGCAGCUCCGCUCUUCAAGGCAACUCACUGUUAGUGCUGAGUAUAGAGACGGUGGAAGGCCGAGCAGUGCAAGCAUCUUUGUUGGUGGUUUUGUCUUAGGAGGAAUUAUAGUUGGUGCCCUUGGUUGUGUAUAUGCACCUCAGAUCAGCAAGGCACUGGCUGGAACUGACAGGAAGGAUUUGAUGAGGAAAUUACCGAAAUUCAUCUAUGAUGAAGAGAAGGCUUUGGAGAAAACGAGGAAGGUGCUUGCCGAGAAGAUUGCACAGCUCAAUUCAGCCAUAGAUGAUGUAUCUUCUCAGCUCCGAACUGAAGACUCAUCAGAUGAGAUUGCCGUUGCCCCUGCCCCUGAUGAAAUCGAAGCUGCUGUUUGAUAGCCCACACCUCCCAGGCCUAAGAUCAUGGUCAUCCUCUGUUUUGGUACAAUUGGCUCACCCUUUUUGGCAGCCUCCGUAUAACAGAAUAAUGGUUCCUCUUGUAAAAUCUUCUGUUUAUUUCUGAAGACCAAUGCACUCGGUUUCUUUUGACAUGAUCAUCUCGAUUGAGGAAAUGCAUCAUUCGUGGUAUAUCUGUGCAGAAUACCGUUUAUCUC